AACCCGAAGCACAUGAUGCUGGAGCUCGUGAUUCACUCGCAGCUCAGAGUCAUGAAAGUACCCCUCUCCUCUCCUCCUUCUGUUCUCCUCCAGAGCUCCAUCAUGGCCUCUCCGCGUCUGGAGACCUUCUGCUGCCCAAACCGCGACCCGGCCACCGAGUUCAUCACCGGCUUCCAGCCGCAGUUCUUCAGCGUGAUCUGCUCCUGCAGCGCCGCACUGAGCCUCGUCUUCACCGGCCUCCAGCUGCUGCCCAAACACCGGCCCUUCAGACACGGAGCUCCGCACAAACCUGCCUCCUCCCUCCGGAUCCUCUUCAUCAUCAGCGUCUGCGACCUACUGGCCUGCGCAGGAAUGGUGGUCCGCUCGAGCGUCUGGCUGGGUUCUCCGGAUCUGGUCAGCAGGAUCUCCGCUGGGAACAGCUCUGACGUCUGGCCGCAGGUGUUUUGUGUCGGCGGCGCGAUGUGGAUCCAGCUGUUCUUCAGCGCCUCCUUCUGGUGGACCUUCUGUUACGCGGUGGACGUCUUCCUGGUGGUGAAGCGCUCGGCGGGCAUCAGCACCAUCGUCCUGUAUCACAUGAUCACGUGGGGUCUGACGCUGCUGCUGUGUGUGGAGGGAGUCGCCAUGCUUUACUACCCCUCCAUCUCCAGCUGUGAGAACGGCCUUCAGCACGCCAUUCCUCACUACGUCACCACAUACGCUCCCAUGCUGCUGGUGCUCCUCGUCAAUCCAGUGCUGUUCACACGGACCGUGUCUGCUGUGACGUCGCUGCUGAAGGGUCAACAGGGAAUCUACACCGAGAACGAGAGACGACUCGGAUCUGAGAUCAAAAUCCGCUUCUUUAAGAUCAUGCUGGUCUUCGUCGUUUGCUGGCUGCCCAACAUCAUCAACGAGAGUCUGCUGUUUUAUCUGGAGAUGCAGGACGAUGUUUCAGCCGGCGAUCUGAAGAACGUGCGUAACGCCGCGCUCAUCACAACGCCCAUAACAUCAAGGAAUCCUGAACCCCAUGCCUGUCCUCAGGGAAUCCUGAACCCCAUGCAGGGGUUUCUCAACACGCUGGCGUUUCACGGCUGGACGGGGCUAAACGUGGACUUCAGCCGGCAGAGACGUCGCGAGCUGCCCUGGGAUUCGGCCUCCACAUCGCUGGCGGGUGGAUACACACCCGUCGCCGGAUCAACGCUGCUCUACCAAAGCCACGUGCAGGAGAUCAAGAAGAAGCACGGACACCAACACGGACAGCAGCAGCCCUCAGACGCCAUCAGUGUCCUGUCUGAAGGUAACGGACUGCAGCAGGAGCACAGACACACACCCGUCUACACGGGCUUCUGAAUGCUGCAUCUGUUAAUGAUCAAAUAAAAUACAUGUUCAAAUGGGACCUGAGCUGUAUUUGUACGUGUAAGAAAUAAACAGACUAUAAACUA